AUGCGGCCGGUAAAGGUCAUAAGCAUCGGAGCAGGAGUCAGCGGUAUCAACAUGGCUCGAGCUUUAAAACGACACGGCACCAACAUCGAACAUAUAGUCUAUGACAAGAAUCCUGAAGUUGGUGGUACAUGGUAUGAAAAUUGUUACCCCGGAUGUGCAUCCGACGAUCCUUCCCACAAUUAUCAAUUCUCUCACACACCAAAUCCUGGUUGGAGCUCCCUCUUUGCACCAGCGAGCGAAAUACAAGGUUAUUUACAAGAUGUGUGUAGCAAGUAUGAUUUGAAAGAUCGUAUCAGAUUGUCUCAUAAGAUUGUUCAUGCGCAAUGGGAUGAGGGAUCUGCAGAAUGGGUGUUGAAGAUUGAAAAUGAGGUUACUGGUGUGAUUUUUGAAGAUCGGUGUCAUUUUUUGCUCAAUUCGGGUGGGAUGUUUAAUAAUUGGAAGUGGCCAGAUAUCAAGGGUCUACACUCUUUCAAAGGAGAUCUCGUUCAUUCUGCAAAGUGGCAGAAGGAUGUAGAUCUCAAGGAUAAGAGAGUAGCCGUUAUUGGAAAUGGUGCAUCUGGUGUUCAGAUUGUACCAGUUCUACAACCAGAAGUCACAAAGCUUUCCCACUUCGUUAGGACAAAGACUUGGAUCUCUCCCAACAGCAAGUCAGUCUCCCAUAUCAUGGAACAGUACGAGCUAGAUGCCGCGCACAAGUUUUCCGAGAAACAAAUCCAGAAAUUUCGAGAAGAUCCAAUAAAAUACACAAAGUUUCUUAAGGCUAUUGAAUCCUUAUCUAACAAAAGAUUCAAGACGAUCCUAAGAGGCAGCCCCGAAGCACUAGAAGCCAAACGCGUCAUCUCUCUCUACAUGGCCGAAGCCCUCAACUACGAUAAACAUCUCCUUGAAGCCCUGCUUCCCGAUUUUCCUGUCGGCUGCAGAAGAGUUACACCCGGUGUCGGCUAUCUGAAAGCUUUAACACAGCCAAAUGUCGACGUCAUCACAUCGGGCAUCGAAGAAAUACAACCUAACGGCAUCAAGCUUACAAACGGUGAAAUCAUAGAGGUUGAUGCAAUAGUUUGUGCUACGGGUUUCAAUUGCUCUUUUGUGCCACGUUUUCCCAUCAUUGGAGAGAAUGGAAACUUACAGGAUUUGUGGAGGGACAAUCCGGGUCAGGCGUAUAUGUCAUGCAUGGUUCCUGGAAUGCCAAAUUAUAUCACAUUCCUCGGUCCCAACGGCCCACUAGCACACGGUGCCAUUCCCAUAAUAACGGAACAACUCAGCGCUUUUGCUCUAAAAUUCAUCCAGAAAUGUCAACUCCAGUCAAUUUCUUCCUUCAGACCUCUGCCCGCAGCAGUACAAGACUACGCAGAACAUAUAGCACAAUUCAUGCCUCGAACGGUAUGGACAGAUAAGGGAGUAAGAAGUUGGUAUCGCAAUGGAAAAAGUGAGGGACCGGUUUUGGCGCUGCAUCCGGGAAGUCAGGCCCACUUCUUCCAUAUGUUGGAGGCGCCUCGGUGGGAGGAUUUUGAAUGGAGGAGAAAGAACGAUGAAAGUGACAAUAGGUUCAGAUAUCUGGGAAAUGGAUUUUCGGCUAAAGAAAGUGAGAUGGGAGGCGAUGAUACGUGGUAUUGGGGAGAAGCGGAUAGAAUGUGA